AAACUAAAGGAAGAUGUCUUUUUUCCCCAAAAUCUCUUUCCAACAUGAAGUUGAAGAGUAUCUCAUCAAAGUGUUCAGAAAUAAUGAGCUUAUCACUGCUUUAGGUACACAGGAGGCGGAGAGUAAAUAUCAAUCUCUGUUAAGUCAUCUAUCUCAUCCACCAGGUUUCACAACUGUUAGAGUUAAUACCCACUUGGCCUCAGUGAAACAUGUGAAAAAAAUGCUGUUUGAAGAGAUCCAGAAGCAAUUUAAAGGACUGUGUGUUCCAGUUCUUGAGCACCCGAAACUCCAGGACGUCUUAUUAAUUCCUGUCAUUGGACCCAGGCGAGAUUUAAAAAAACAUUCAUCUGAAGUCAUUGUUGGAGCCCACUGUGGAUAUGCAGUACUUCGAGGAGCACAUGUUUAUGUCCCUGGAAUCAUAUCUACCUCAAGAUUUAUGAAAGCUGGUGAUCUGGUCUCAGUAUAUUCAGAUAUUGAAGGGAAAUGUAAAAGAGGAGCCAAAGAAUUUGAAGGAGUCAAAGUUUUCCUUGGAAAUGGGAUUUCAGAAGUGAGUCGCAGUGAAAUCUUUAGUUCAAGUGGCCCAUUGAAUGGGAUGGGCAUAAGAAUGAUAGAGCCAGUCUACCUUAGUCCUUCGUUUGACAAUGUGCUCCCCGGUCAUUUGUUUUUGCAGAACUUGCCUUCCGUGGUUGUGAGCCAUAUUUUAAACCCUCAGCCAGGAGAGAGAAUUUUGGAUAUGUGUGCUGCACCUGGAGGGAAAACAACCCAUCUUGCAACAUUAAUGCAUGACCAGGGUGAAGUAAUAGCUAUGGACAAGAUAGCUAACAAGGUCAAAAAAAUUAAGCAGAAUGCUGAAUUGCUACAGCUGAAUUGCAUUAAGGCCUUUUGCUAUGAUGGAACAAAGGCACUUUCAGCUGAGAAGAGAGAGGAUGAACAAGAAGGACCUCCAUUCUUACCAGAGUCAUUUGAUAGAAUUCUUCUUGAUGCUCCAUGUAGUGGGAUGGGACAGAGACCAAAUAUGGCUUAUUCCUUGACAUUAAAGGAGGUGACUUCUUAUCAGCCUCUACAGCGCAAGCUUUUCACUGUGGCAGUGAAACUGCUGAAGCCAGGAGGUGUUUUAGCAUAUAGUACAUGCACGAUUACACUCUCUGAAAAUGAGGAGCAAGUUGCUUGGGCCCUGAAAACUUUUCCAUGCCUCCAGCUUCAGCCACAGCACUGAAAUCCUGCUGAGGGAAAGAAAGGAAGAGAAGAAUCAGGCUGCAACCUCUUGGCUGCCCAGCUUUACAGCACACAGUACAUGGUUAAGCAACUAAGUUGCAUCAUGUGAUGACUGGGUGAGCUCAUGUAUUAGCAAAGUGUGAUGGCUCAAAAAAUUCUCUGCUGUAGGCUGCAUUCUAGACUACACUAGACUAGAUUUACAAAGGAGCUCUAUUUUUGAUAUUGCAAUGUCAGCUUUUGCACAUUUUGUUCUAUCUGCUUACUGAAUGAACUGAAAGAACAAUCCAGCUAAGAAUUAUUUUUUUUCCAGGAAUCAGUGUAUUAAAUAGAAAGCAGUCAAGGCUACUCACAAGAAAUGCUGAGAAAAGGGCUGUGAUUUUAAGCCCUUCUCCUGUCCAGAAGUUUGAUGCCAAAUGUCUCCUGAAUUCAGAUACACAAGCUGUUCCUUUCUUUCUCUGCCUCAUAUACAUACACAUGUAACAGUAGUCCCAUCUACCUGUUAGUCUAAUUACAUGACACAGAAAAUCCGAAGCUCAGAUUUUUCUGCUGCAUCAUCUUCCAAAAUUAUGCCUUUUCAGG